GAGGAAAGAAGAAAUCAUACAAAUUAAGGCCGAGAAGGAGCUGGAGCAGAGAAAACAACAUCUACAGAUACAACAACAAGAGCUCCAAGAGAGCACCAAGAAACUCAAGGACUUGGAGGACUUGUACCGUCAGCAGUCAAUGGAGGCUGACUACUCGAAGAUUAUGGGGAAAUACUCCGAGCUGCAGCUCAAUAAGACACAGAAGGAGAUAAACCAGGCUGAGGGGCAUCUGGAGGAGCAGCUGAGGCUGCUGGAGUCACAGCUGGAAGAGGAGGCCAAACUUCACGAGGAGUCAAAGAAAUGUCUGCAGCAACAACACGAGGAUUUGCAGCAGGAGCUGAAGGAGUUGGAGCUGCACACGAAGCAGAUGCUGCAGCUGAAGGACGAGCAGCUCGACAGCGCGCUCCACAGACGAGCAAUGCUUAAGAACAAAUUGACGGAGCUGAAGAAGAAGUACAGGGAAAUUGAGAAGGUGGUGAUAAAGGACAGGGACGAGCAGGAGAAAGUGCGGCAAAAGCAAGCAGAGGCCCGUGCUGCUACCAAGAUACAGGCCUUUUGGAGAGGCUGCAUGGUCCGCAAAGGUUUUGUCAAAUUAGAAAAAGCAGACGAGAAAGCGAAAGGCAAGAAGGGCAAAGGAGGAAGAAGAAGAAGAAAUAAGGUGUCUCCUCAGGGGAGCCACUUGAAAAAAUACACAACACUGAAUAUUUGUAGCCGUCUAGAGCCAUGGCUCUCAAACUCUGGUACAUGUGCCACCAGUGGUACAGGAGCUUCCUCUGCUGGUACUUGGAGGAAAAUCAGGAAUUUCCGAGUUGAGUUGAGGAAUUUUGACCAGAGUGUGUAG